UUGGGCCCAUUGCUCUGCAUAUGUAUGGCAAGUAGAAAAAGCAUAAUUAGAGAGUAUAUAUAUUCGCUGUUUUUCCUUCUGCUAUUUUGCAUGCCUCUGUUACCGCUGUUAUUUCUGCUGCUUGUGCGGACAUGAUACUAGGUAACUGUCCCGCUUUUAAUACCUGGGUCGCUGUCACUACCGCUUACCCUGCCGCAUUAGUUCCAUCUAACCUCUUGGUACAGGAGCCAUCAACAAACAUCGUUAUUUCAGCGUUUGCAAAGGGCUCAUCUUUUAGCCCUUCUCUUGCCGCCACCCUCUCAUCAGUUUCUCCCACACAGUUAUGUGGAAUACCUUCACUUGGAGUGGGCAGCAACGAUGCUGGGUUAAGAGUAGUACAGCGCUGGAUAUUUAAGUGUGGUUGCGAUAAAAGAGUUAUCAUGCAGGACAAAUGUCUAUUACGGAGUCAGAAUGCAAAUCAUAACAUACCAAACACACCAUACCAUCCCAUCCAAACACCUCAUCUUCCAGAAUGGCAGCGCACUCCCGGGUGACGAACACUCUCCAGGACAGGAAGGAAGUAUGUCGCUUGUCAGAUGUCUCAUAUUCCUCCUGACUGGUCUGGUUGUUGGUCUCUCUGCUCUGGCCUGGGCGGCUCGUACUCUGCAUCAGCACAGACGUUCUGGUGGAAAAGUCUCAGUCUUCAUCGUUACCCUCCUCUUCACUGAUGCGCUCGAGCUGCUCUUGCUCCCUCUUGUGGUCGUCAUGAUGACCGCACACUGUGGGAAUGCCCUUUUCACUCGCACUCUUUCAAUUCUGUUUUUCGUGGUGAGGUUUCUUGGUCUGAAUCUUCACCAGCUGGUGGCGCUAGAGGACACCGCUUCGUUUACACACCCUGGGGGUGCUUCUGUGCCCUCUUCUCUGCCCUGCUCUCUUGCACUUCUUCUCAGUAUGCUUCUCCCAGUCACUGUUGUCAUCAUCUUCUCUUCUAACUUUCACUUUUUAGCGAUUGUUGGGCUCCUGCUAGUAGCCCCAGUAGGUACCAAUGUCGCUAAGUGUGUGUUGAUCUGCUCAGCCAGGGCCGCCUCACACAUCACCACAAGAGGAGGAAGACCAGACAAGCAAGUAAUGGCUGUGUCCUUUAUCACUUUUCUUGGCCUUUACGGCCCAUACUUUCUGACCUUGACUCUCUACAUGAGGUCUGCUCUCCUUCCUCCUUUGUGCGCUUCACUUCAUGGCUUUCACUCUGUGUGGGACCCCAUGUCUUUUUCCAUGAUGAGUUUGCGGGUGGUCGCCGACCCUCUGCUGUGCGUGCUGGUCUGCAGGUCUGCAAAACCACAGGUAGCACAAAGAUUUGAACUGUCAGCAGUGUGAAUUGCAUUAUGGGUAAAAUUACUCAUAGAGAAGUGGACUUUUAGACAGAGGCUUAAAGGACUAAUAUGUAAAACAUUUAGUGUAUUAAAUCAUAAAAUGAACAUGAUAUGUCAUCAGAGAUGUUUGCAGCAAUCAUUCAUUUCUUAAUUUUCUUUGUUUUGUGCCUUUGUUGCCGCAAUGUUCCCUGUGAGAUGUUCAUUAUGCAAUGUUAUAUGCUUAAUCAUGUGCCCUGUGAGAUGUUCAUUAUGCAAUGUUAUAUGCUUAAUCAUGUUCCCUGUGAGAUGUUCAUUGUGUAAUGUUAUAUGCUUAUAUGUUAUAUGCUUAAUCAUAGGCAGCAACAUAUAGUCUCAAGUCCAUCAUCAAAGGCAGAAUGAGAGCCAAUAAAUAGCCUUAGCUGCAAACACUGCAUGACCAUAGUAAACAAAUAAUCA